GGGUAUUCUAGGCCCCCUAAGGAAUGAAAUUCCCAUUCAAGUGUUUCAAGUUUGAGAACUCGAGCCCAAUCAGUGCAAAAGCAUUGAUUGAGCUGGGUCAAGCAAGGGUUGGACCCAACCACCAAGUUGCACCGCUACCUCUAUUAUGAAUUAAUCGAUUCUCAAGCUUUGGAAUACAGAGAGCAGCAGCACUGCACAAACAAGAACCUACUAGUAUGGGUAUGGGCAAGAGAAGGAAGAGGAAGAAAAGAUCUCUUUAUGAUCAAUCCAGCAUGGAUACUAUUCUCUUUCCUCUAAUGCUUGCAGCUCUUGCUAAGCUCGACAACCCAUUCUGUGAAUCCCUCCUGAAGAAAUGUUUAAAGAAACUCCAGCUCUCCCUCCUCACCCAAACCCCCAACUCAAACAUUCCUCCCUCCUUCCCACAAAAACUAUCAAAUGAUUUCCUUUCAUUUCUCCCUGCCCUUCUAAGAUCCAAGAACCCUGAAAUUGCGUCUCGCACUGCUGAAAUUGUCGGUGCAGCAACACUUUUAUCGUUGGAUAUGAAUGAAAGGGUUGUCUCAGAUGCUGAGAUUUUAAAGGGUUUAGUGGCGGCUUUAUCGAGUGGGAGUAAGCGAAUUUCCAUGGCUGCCUGUAAUGCUGUUUUGGAUGUUUCAACGACAUUGAUUGGGCGGACGCGUCUUUGCGAUUUUUGUGUUGUAGAGAAACUGAUGUCUGAAUUUCUUCGUGUUGUAGUUUCUCCUGCCAAAUCUGUCUCUUUAUGCAGAACGGACACUAGAGAUAGUAUAAGCCCCAGAAUUGGACUUACAGCAGGCAAGCUUCCAAUUUUAGUUCUUUACACAGCAGUGACCCUCAUCAACUCAUGCAAUUUGAAGAAUUUGUCAAAAAUCCCACGGGAGCUCCGCAAAACCUUCUUGAAUUACUUGAAAGAGUUAUGGCGAAAUGUUUGGGCUCAAAUGCUUCUAAUUGACAUUGUGGACUGCAGCCAAGGGAGAUAUUAUUUUAGUAAUUUGAGAACAAAUCAUCUGGCAGAAAGCAUUUUCAGACUUUCUAUUGAUCUUGAUCAAAAUCCUAUUGCCUGCAUAUUUGAGUUGGUUAAGAAAAGCAUGUUUGGUCCAUCCAAUUCUGACUUUGAACAAUUUAUGCUUUGCUAUUGGGAGGAUUCACCAUGUCUUCUAAGGAAUCACUUGCAAACUUCAAAUGACCAUGAAGAUAUCUUCAAUCCUCUAGUACAGUCACUCAAUUGUAAAGGAACGGUUGAUUCUCUCCUUUCUUCUAUCUUGUGCAAUCUGGUUUCCUGUCCACCUAUCUGCUCAGAUGAAUUUGACAUCCUUGUUUUCCUGGAAGAGGUGAGAGACAAAUUGGGUUGUCCUAUGAUCUAUGGGCAGGACAUUCGUGUCAUAAAAGCAGUGGAGGAAAUUUAUGUACUCAAACAGGGGAGCUUGAAAAAAGAGGUGCACUUCUUUAAGCAAUGUAUGAAUUCCUUCAUCAGUGGUCCUAAACUUAUUGAUGCUGUUGCUAUUCAACAAUGUAAAGAAGCGCACAGAGAGGGUUAUACAAUCUCACUGCGUGGGAUGGAGUUCCGCUCUGAGUACAUCUCUGCCAUAGCAGAUAGUUUAGCUGCUCUAUUUGGUCAACCAUCAGUAGGUGCCAAUUUAUACCUAACUCCACCUCAAUCUCAGGGUCUGGCUCGACACUAUGAUGACCACUGUGUGUUUGUUUGCCAGCUGCUUGGAACUAAGAAAUGGACAGUUUUCUCUAGGCCAACAGUCCAAUUACCUCGAUUGUAUGAACCUCUUGAUUGCAUUCUUAGGUCAGAGGAUGAUUGUGUUGAAUCUAAACACAUGCAAUUUUUGCUCAGUGAAGGUGAUAUUUUGUAUAUUCCUAGAGGUUGUCCACAUGAGGCAUGUACUGUCACAGAUAAUAGUGUAUCCACUGCUGAUGAUGGAUCAACUGGGUUUUCAUUACACUUGACACUUGGAGUUGAGGUUGAGCCUCCUUUCGAGUGGGAGGGAUUUGCUCAUGUUGCUCUUCAUUGUUGGAACCACAACCACAAAAGGUCCCCAGAUCCUAGUUCUUUGAUGGGAACACUGAACUUCAUCUCGGUAUAUAUGUUGCAUGUUGCAAUCAGGCUAAUUGGAGAUCAUGAUCCUAAAUUCCGGAAAGCUUGCAUGGUUGCUGCCAUUCCCCUCCACUCUUUAGAUCUGAAUAGAAAAAUGUUCAGCUAUGUAAUUAAUAAAAUCGACAGGGAGUCGAGAUAUUUGGAAGUUUUUAACAGGGUACAAGCAGCCAUUGGAAAUAACGAAGAUAUUUGGAAACAGAUGAAAUGGAUACAACACCUUUUUCUGCUGGGAGAGAUGAAUGAUGAAAUAGAGUGGAAUUAUUCUUUGACUGAAUUCAGAGACUACAUAUCAUAUAGACACAUGGAGGUAGAAGAUGCAUUUGUGCAGCUCAAGUCUAAAUUCUGUAGGGACAUCUCAUUUGAGGACGCAUGUCAGAGCUUCAACAAGGUGCUUGAGAAAUACAAGAAAACCAGAAAGCAAUACAUGUCUGGGAUGUUAUCUUUGCAUUGUACUUGAGUUGAUAAUGAUUAUGAAAACACUUGUAUUAAUAUUUUCAAUAAAAAAUGGUUAUCUUGUUUUUA